CAUAGCGUCGGAGCCGCAGCGGCCGUUGGACUCGCAUCGGCCACUCCAGAUGUUUUUGAGUUUGCUGACGAUCGUUCCGUUGGCAGUGGCUCAGCCUAUCCGUCACCCUCGCCUCAGUAUACUCCAUUCGCAUAUGGGACCGUUGGAAGCCCGAUUUCCGGGCAGUCGAUGAGAGGAACCGUAACAAAGCGGCGUCCACGUGCUCGAAAAACUGCAAAUAUGGGAGAUCGGAUGGGUGAUCUUCAACAAACAGCUGGUAAAGAUCCUACAAUGGCCGGUAUUCCUACACGGAAGCCUCGCGGAAAAACUGGAGUACGUCGUCCACGUGGUUCUCGUAAAGCGGCAUUAGCAAUGUCUCAUGCCGAUUUGGAAAUGCAGCAGCGGGUGCCUCCUCCAUUGCAGAGGUCGUACAGUGAUUACGAACAAAUGUGCUCUGGGUUCUCAACAGUUUUCGUGGACACCGAGUCUGAUGACGAAUGUGAUCCCCCACCACCGCCGAAAUCGUUGGGGAUGUUCCCGUCGCGCUCACCUGUGACAAGUCAGGUUACAGCAGCUUCAGCUGCAAACAGUCCUUCACAUUCAAUGAGUCCAUUGUGCGUUCCGGUUGGCACUCCAUCGUCCUCCACUCAUCCUCCUCCAUCGCCUCUCGCAGCGGCUUCCCCGACAAGUAAGCCAGCCUGCACCAUUUUGCUUCGCACGGAGCAGCGCAACGCGACAGACCAGUAUUUGCGCGGCCUUUCGCGAUGGACGGAAUCUCCUCCACCACCUGAAGAGCGCAUCUCGGCUGCAUCCACAGUAUCCGUCAACACCACUUUCAAGCACCCCCGGUCAGCGCAUCGCCCUUACAAUCUGUCACCGUUACAACUCAGCACGUCAUCACCGAGAAUUUCCUCGGAAACAGGACGAGAGCAGAUGUCUUCAGCUGAAGGAUCGCAGAACACCACACCGACAGUGAAGAUAGAAGGCGCCAGCAAGUUGAUAUUAAAAAUUCCAAAAGUCCCAUCAAGAGCAUCUCCGUCAGUCGACGCACAGAAGACCAAGUCGAUUCCUAUGCAGUCGAUGCCAAAGCUCGAGAAGCAAGAAAAGAAACGAGAUAAGGAGAAAAAAGAAGGGCACAAGGAGAGGUCCAAAGACAAGUCGGACGAGUCUCGGCGUCAGAAGAGAAAGGCUGAAGGAAAGGAGAAGGACCGCGAGCAUAAGAGGCACAAAGUGAGUCUAUGCAGC